GCCAAUCAGAGACUGGCCAAGACAAGAUCUCAAUGGCUUCUCUCCCUGCCCAAUCGCUUCUCUUCAUAAAAUUAGCGAUUGCGUUCUUCCUAACGUCUUCGUAUCAGACCGUUGAGGUCAAUGGCAGAGAAAGCGGAGCACAGAGGGAGUUCGAUUACUUCAACUUGGCGUUGCAGUGGCCUGGUACUUACUGUCAACGCACCCGCCAUUGUUGCUCCCAAAAUGCUUGUUGCAGAGGCUCAAAUGCGCCAGCUGAAUUUACAAUCCAUGGACUUUGGCCUGAUUACAAUGAUGGAACUUGGCCUGCCUGUUGCACUCGAUCUAAUUUUGAUGAAAAGGAGAUUGCAACAUUGCUGGAUCCUCUGGAGAAAUAUUGGCCGUCUUUAAGUUGUGGUUCAUCAUCAACUUGCCAUGGUGGAAAAGGUUCAUUUUGGGGACAUGAGUGGGAGAAGCACGGGACUUGUUCUUCUCCAGUUGUUCGGGACGAAUACAGCUACUUCCUUACAACUCUCAAUGUCUACUUUAAAUAUAAUGUCACAAAAGUCCUGAGUGAAGCAGGAUAUGUUCCUUCUAAUACUGAAAAAUAUCCUCUUGGAGGCAUAGUGACUGCUAUCCAGAAUGCUUUUCAUACUACUCCAUCAAUUGUCUGCUCAAGUGGUGCUGUGGAGGAAUUGCAUUUGUGCUUUUAUAAGGAUUUCAAGCCUCGGGACUGUGCAACUAGGUUGAGCAUUCAUGCUGAUAUGGAUUUCUCUAGAAGCUCCUGUCCCAAGUAUGUCAGCUUGCCAGCAUAUGUGUCAUUGGGAGGUGAGAAUGCCACAAACUUUGAUCUCGCGGAUGCCUGAUGGAGAUGCCCCAUAAACUUUGAUCCUAUGGAUGCCUGAUGAAGAGGCUUUCGGAUGUUUAACUCGUGUAGUUUACCUGUAUUAUGCAAUCGAUACACAAAAGUUACUCAAUUUAUAUGUUAUGACUGGAAUAUAUUGCAAAUCUUUUCCGGAGAAAAAAUGAUUUAUGUGCAUAUAA